CACAGUGUCACAUUACCACAAUGCAAACUUUCUUAUUUUAGAGAUAAAACACAGAGGUUCUAUUUUAAUAAUUUCUCUAUAUUUUAUUCCAAUUUAAAGUGAUUUCUUAUAUCAUAAGUUUUAAUAAUAAUAUUUUGACAAAGAAUGAAAUCUACACUAACUACUUGCACGGAAAAUGAAAUGAUCCAUUUAUUUAACAACCAAACAAGACUUGUAAGGCCAAACACCCUCCGCCGCAACGACCUCAGAACUAAACAGCAAUACUUCGGACUACUAAUAAAAUGCCCGCACCAAAAUACGCGUGGUCGGAAAAUAUGACGAAUCCGCCGCCGCCGUCUCCUCCUCCUUUCUCCACUCCGGCGAAGAAGUCCGGCCGCCUCUCACCUCUACUUCUCCCUCUUCUCGCCUUCGUCGUCUUCGCCUCCCUCAUCUACGGCGAAGACCUGUCCUGCUUUUUCCGCCACCGCGAUUUCUCCGCCUCCUCCCGAUCUACCCGCCUCCCCGCCGCUCUCCGCGCCGCCGCUCUCCACGAGGAGAAGCGGCGGAAAUGGGCGUUCGCGGUGGGGGAGGCGGCGGAGGACGGCUGCGAUGUUUUUAGCGGGCGGUGGGUCCGGGAUGAGGAGCGGCGGCCGUUGUACGAGGAGGAAGAGUGUCCGUACAUACAGCCGCAGCUGACCUGCCAAGAGCACGGCCGGCCGGAGAAGGGGUACCAGCGGUGGAGGUGGCAGCCCCACGGUUGUUCUCUUCCCAGUUUCAAUGCGACAUUAAUGUUAGAAAGCUUGCGGGGGAAGAAGAUGAUGUUUGUGGGAGAUUCGGUUAACAGAGGACAAUUUGUUUCUAUGGUUUGUCUUCUCCAUAGGCUCCUUCCUCACAAUGCAAAAUCCAUACAAGAAUUUGGUUCCCUCACUGUUUUCACCGCUAAGGAAUAUAAUGCGACAUUGGAGUUUUACUGGGCCCCAUUUCUUCUUGAGUCGAACUCGGACGACGCAGUGGUACAUAGGGUACAAGACCGAGUGGUCCGCAAAGGUUCAAUCAACAAGCAUGGAACAUUCUGGAAAGGUGCUGACAUCAUCGUCUUCGACACCUACCUUUGGUGGAUGACUGGCAAUGACUUCAAAAUCUUGCAAUCAGGAUCAUUUGAGGAUAAAGAGAAAGAUGUAGUGAUGGUAUCAACAGAGGAAGCUUACAGUAUGGGAUUGAAAACUUUGGUGAAAUGGGUGAACCAAAAUAUGGACCCAAACCAAACCAGAGUCUUCUUCACAAGCAUGUCUCCUUCCCAUCAAAAGGGCAUAGAAUGGGGAGGUGGCCCAAGGGAGAAUUGUUACAACCAAACAACACCAAUAGAAGAUCCAAACUAUUGGGGAUCAGAGUCUAAAAGGAACAUAAUGAGAGUGACUGGGGAGAUACUUGGAAGGUCAAGUGUCCCAAUAACAGUCCUAAACAUAACACAAUUGUCAAGUUAUAGGAAAGAUGCCCACACCUCAAUUUACAAGCAGCAAUGGAGUCCUCUCACCCCAGAGCAACUGGCUGACCCACUUAGCUAUGCUGAUUGUGUACAUUGGUGUUUGCCUGGCCUUCCUGAUACUUGGAAUGAGCUUUUGUUUGCCAAACUUUUCUACCCUUAACAUUUUUUUUUGAAAAAGUUCACACUAUUACUUCCAAAAUUUUGUGAUUUUAUAUAAUUAUUCACAUAUUCAACAAAUGACACCGGUGUUCCAUGAGUUUUUAUAUAUUUACAUUGGUGCUCCAACAUUGGGUGGACCCUUGGUUCAACUUGAGAGCACCAAUGUAAACAUAUAGUACAAUAUUAACAGUAGAGACGUAAACGUACAAAUCAAUUUGGGAGCAGUGGUGUCAUUUAUUGAAUCUGAAAGUAAUAAUGUAAAAUCGUGCAAUUUUAAGAAUAUUGUUGUAAAGUUUUCCUAGAUUUUUGUUCCAUGUAUCAUACUUUUUUUUUAUAUCCGGAGACCGGAGUAGUUUACUAGCUAGUAAUAUUCAUAGUUUGUUGAUUGAUGACAUAUUGAAACUAUGUAAAAGGUACGUGUUAUAAAAGGUGAUUUCCCCA